AUGCAGCAGUCUCGUUCUGGAGGUGGUGGUCAUAUGGGGCGUUAUGUGGUAAGAUUUUAAAAAUUAUUGUUUUUUUUUUAACUUCAGUAUUUAAAAUUUUCAGGGCGGUGGAACUCCACAGCAGAUGCGUCGAAUGAUGCAGCCACCAAUGUCCACACAACAGCCAGCUCAGAUGGCUCAGCGAGGCGGUGCGCCACCGAAAAAGAAGAAGAAGUACGCCGAUAAGUUGAUAUCACCAAAGGUUCUUUAAAAACAAACUAAUUUAGUUGAGAAAGUUUCGAUUUAUAGGUUCGUGAGCUUGUGCCAGAAUCUCAAGCUUACAUGGAUUUGCUAGCAUUUGAACAAAAACUGGACUCAACAAUAACGAGAAAAAAGCUGGAUAUUCAGGUAGACAACUUAAAAAGUCAGAUUUUCAAUCGUGUGUUGAUUAGGAAGCCAUGAAAAGACCGCAAAAAAUAAAAAAACGACUUCGUAUCUACAUCUCGCACACGUUUAUUCCGGGGAAGGAGCCGGAAAAGGUGAAAAAUUAGUCCAAUCUCGGUUUUAUCUACGUUUUUAAAGGACGGCGAAGAUGCCUCUGUUCCCAUGUGGGAGCUUCGCGUGGAGGGACGGUUACUAGAGGAAGCGGUACAUAUUUUUUUUUCGUUUUCCAUUAAAAAUGAUGUUUUCAGGCUGCUCCAGCUACUACCGCAGGGGCUGCGGCACCAGCUCCGUCAAGACCGGUGGCCAAGAGAAAGUUCAGCUCUUUUUUCAAAAGCUUGGUAAUCAAAACAUUAUUUUAAAAAAUAUAUAAGCAGUUUUUUAAGGUAAUUGAAUUGGACAAGGAAAUUUACGGGCCAGAUAAUCACCUUGUCGAAUGGCACAGAACACCACAAACCAAUGAAACUGAUGGAUUCCAGGUGAAACUUUUUUAAAUUAAAAAUCAAAAUUGAAAGUUAUAGGUUAAAAGGCCUGGUAAUCGCCCAGUCAAGUGUACAAUCUUGCUCCUUCUCGAUUAUCAACCAAUGAAGUUCAAGCUUCAUCCUCGUCUUGCCAAGGCAAACUCAUUGAAUUUCAAUUUUCUUUCAAAGUUUGUUUUUAGGUCCUUGGAAUUGCCGCUGAAACUCGGCCAAAGAUAAUUGAAGCUUUGUGGCAGUACAUCAAGACCCACAAAUUGCAGGUUUGAUUGAAAAUUCCGCUCUUGAACUUUUUUUUCUUUUUGAACUUUAAAAGAAGAUUCUGUAGAAAAUGUUUUUAUGUUUUUUUUUUUUGAAUUUUCGUCUUUCCAGGACGCCACGGACCGAGACACCAUUAAUAACGACUUGUUCCUGGAACAGUGCUUCGGAUGCAAACGUAUGCGAUUUAUGGAGAUCCCUCAGAGACUUCACCAGUUACUGCAGCAGCCUGACCCAUUGGUUGAUUAUCUCACAAAUCAACUUAUAAAUGUUGUUAUUUUCAGGUUCUUACGCACAUAAUUCAACAAGGCGAGGCUGGAGCGGAGAAAAAUACCGCCUGUUAUGAUAUUGGUAAGUGAAAAAUACAAACACUUUGAAUAGAAAUUCGAGCAAAAAUUAUCGGUUAUGUUCAGUUUUUGUUUUUUUGUCUAACUUCAAUGAGUCCUAUUCCAAACUUUUUUUUGCUUAUCUUCAUUUUUUUUUCUACAGACGUCGAAGUGGAGGACCCUUUGAAAUCACAAAUGAACAUCUUUGUGGCCAACCAGAACAACACAUCGGAGAUUUCGAGUUUGGAUCAGAAAAUCUACGACUUGGUGGAUCAGGUGAAUAUGGUGUCAUUUUUUGGGCUUUGAUUAUUUCUAGUUUCUUAGGUUUUUUCCGUUUAGAACUUUUUGAGAGAAAAAGGUACAAAUAUUUGAAUUUGAAACAUUUUAUGAGCGGCUAAUGAAAUGAUUCAAAAAGAGAAAUGUUUUUCAAAAAAAUUUUUUUAGUUUUUUUCUUUUUUUGACUGCGGUUUUCAAAGAACCAGAAAUAUUGAAACUUGUGAAAUAACACUGAAAACAACUUUGCCUUAAGACCUUAUUAAAAAAAUGUGUUCAAUAAAGUAAGGAUUUUUGACAUAAACUAUCUUGCAAGUGCUUUUUUCCUAGAAGAACGUUAUUUAUUCAAGAUAAAUGAGUGGAAGACGCGUCGCGACUUUUAUGUCCGAUUCGCCGACGCUCCGCACGAAUUCAUACGAAAGUGGCUCGUCAGCCAGAGCACCGAUCUUAAGGUUUUGCGGAGUUUCUGUGAAUUUCGAUUUCAAUCGAGUUUUUCAGACAAUGACAGAACCUAGUGGCGAGGGAGAAGCUGAACGUCGCGCCGACGUUUAUUACAAGCCUGAUAUUCCGGAAGGCGUUUAUCGGUACGCUUUAGUUAAAUUUCUGACGAUUUAGUUUAUUUUUUGAUGAAGAAAAAGUCUUUUGAAUCUGAAUUUUUUUUCAAUCAAAACCUAAAUGGCACAGAAAAAGUCUUCCGGCAGGUUUUAACGAGGCCAAGUGGAGAAUUUCGAGAAUAGCAUAUUUCAAAAAAAUUUCACGCAUAUUUUUUUAGGAUUUUUUUAUACACAACUGUUCUAAAACUGAUCAUUCGUUUUUGAUAGGAAAGUUGGGUAGGAAAGGCUUUUUUUCAAGUUCUCGUAUACUUAUGUAGUUUGCGAACUUCAAAACGUUAAAAUUGGGAAAAAUUCUAUUCAUAAAUUUUUUCUCAUUCAAUCAAAAAAGUAUUUUCAGGCUAAAGUUUCAUAAACCUUUAACCGUUAAUCAAUAUUUUCCUAUUUCACUUGUUCAAAGAUUAGGAACAUAUUAACUGAUUUUUAAAAAUUGAAUUAUUCAGGUACAUCUAUCAAAAAAAGUACAACAAAAAGAGGACGGAGCUGGAGCAGAGCCUAGGACUUCGCGGCUGA